CGGGAUGCGCCGGGAAAAUAAAAUUACGAGAAAAAAAAAAAAAAUCUGGAGAAAAGAGGAUGUGCAGGAGGAGGGAAGGGCUGGCGGCGUGGGGAGGGAGCGGGCACGACGAGAGGGAAGCACUCAGCGAGCGCUUAGUGACAGCUGAUAAAUGGGUCUCUGAAGAGCCCGAGCCCACGGCACGGCCGGGAGGGGAAAAAAAAUUACAAAAAAAAUUUUUAAAGAGGGGCGGGGGGAGAGAUGAAAUGGAAAGUAUAAAUUACACCAGAGAUGGGAGUCCAGCUCCAGAGACCCCGGGGAGAAAAGGCACUCAGAGUCCACAAACUAUUUAGUGAUGGAUUCAGCAGAAAGGUGAAGAGUGCAGUGAAAAGGGAAAGACAGGUACGGCCGGAGAGAAAAAACUGAUUUAGGACGGACUCGAGCUGAAGUUGGGAUUCUCGUGGCGACGACGAGAAAUUUUAGCAGCGGCAAUAUAUAAAUAUCCCUCUCUCUGCCUACCAAAAGGCAACAGAUAAGGACUGGAAUAUCAGCUUGAAUACCAAUUUAGGAACUCACGCUCUCUUGGAAGUGCUAAUUGGGGAUGGGGGGGGGGGGGUUGGAAGAUCUGGGAGAAAGAAGGGAAAAACUAUAAGGAGCUGAGGAGAAAAUCAACCAGUGGCAGAGUACUGCAAACCCAAGAAAGUCUCCCUGCUGUAUUUUUGCAUUCCAAAGGUAAACAUAAAAGAGUCUUUCAAACUGUCAGGGGCCCGCAGAUCAGGUGGGCAAACAGCGCUGCAGAGUGAACGUCUCCCUCUUUUGAUAUUAUUCACACCUAGGCUAAACUGUUGUUAAGAUGGGAGUGCGGAAAGCAACCUCAAGCCCACAAAAUGAGAGAGAGAAGUUGUUGAUUCAUCUCUGUAUUUUUGGCACUUUCUCCCCAUUUUCCAGAAGGCGCCUGGAACAGUUAGUAACAGACAAACUUUUUAAUUUUAAAAUAGCUUCAUAACUUAUAGAGGCCAAAAAGACGAGGAGAGAGCCUGAUUUCACUUUCCUUCUCUCUCAAGUAGAAAUUCGCAGGCUAGGUUAGACCCAGCAGCUCACUCAGCCCCACUGCGAAGGAACCUGGCUUCGGCAGGACGUGAUGAAAAUUGAACAUUAACGCGAUGGCACAGGACAGAUAUGACCUGGCUCUGAUUCAUUUUGUUAACAAGCUGUAAAACUCGACACACUGCUGGAGGCAUGCACGGUGCAUCCUCUGCUAUCCGAGGUGCUAUCGCCCCUCUCGAGCCGAGCUCAGGGAACAGGAGUUGUAAGUCAGAACCUCUUGGAAUAGCGGACCUGUUUUAUACAACAUUUUUGGCAAUUCCACUACAAUAAAAGGAGUAACCAAGUCCUAUUCGGCAAGUAGCAAGCACCUUAAAAUAGAACUUUAUAAUUAUCUAGUAAAGCUUUAAAAUCAAAUUAGCUGAUGAGGGCAUAGUAGCUAAUUCCCAUGCAUUCUUUCAAUUUUAAUAAAAAACACUUUAAAAGUGACAUUCAGAGAUAAGGGGAAAUUGUAUGAUUGUAAAUACUGAGUUUGUAUUCACCUGCAUUCGGCUAAUUCAAAGUAUUCACCUUGCUGCAGUUACCCGGUGAAUGGAAUUAACAGCAGUAAAUAGAUGCCUUUCGAGAUAUUACUCUGUCAUUUUUAAUCUUUAAUUAUAAGAAUUCCCGUGAUUAACCACUUACGCUUUCCUUGUAACACAUUUAAAGCUGCUGCAAGUAAAGGAAACACCUUGACUUUUUUUGCACAACUAGUGUAGCUUUGGCACGCAAAAAGAUUUUUUAAAAAUUUAAAUGAGCUAUGUAAGAAAAUAGAUAUAAAUCAAAAUACAAGGACUAAUAGUCUGCCUCAGUCUGCAACUCUAGUAAUUUGUUGCUGGAAGUUUUUUUCUUCCAAGAAACAGAAAGGAAAGAAGCCCUCCUCAAAUGUAGCGCCUUAUUAAACACGAAGCGGGAAUGGGACAAGAGAUAAUUAAGGCAUCAGAUGAAUCUAACCGCCCACCUAGCUCCAAAUCGGGGAGCAUCCCGCUGCACUCCCGAAAUUCCAGCGCAGGGGAUGACACUGGUUUGGGGCAGGACGCGGCAGGGAUGCGGCCGCGCUGCCAUGCGGAGCGCCAGGAACGCUCCCCAGCUUGUUGCUUCCUUCCCCUGUGUGAUCAAUUAAGUUACAGAUGUAACUCGCAGCGCCGGAGAGCGGCAACUUCACGGCGGCAGGAAAAGAGGAUUCCUUGGGCAUUGUAUGCAAAUGGGAGCGGGUGUGUGUGCGCGCUGCACGGGGGUAAUUGGGAUGCCCUCUUUGUUUGCAUAAGUGAACACCCGCCGUGCGGAUCCGCACACACGUGCCGAGAAACAAGAACACGCUUUCACUUGGAGCGUUACCCCACUUUUAGAAACCGCGUUUGGGAUGACUGCCCUCGCUUUGGCUCCAGGAAGGCUAAAGGCAGGCAGAUGCUGAGGAGGGAUGCUGACCUGCUGGGGGUGCCUGCACAGGGAAGGGACCGCAGGCGCUCCCAUCAGCUCGGGCACUUACCUGGGCACAGCUGUCAUGGCAUUUUGCGCCGUGUGUCUCACCAAGUGCCUUAAAGUAAAGCAAUGUUCAACAAGCGAGGCAACCCGUCUGUGUGCCAACUCGUACGUACCGCAUCUCUAACCUGAGCAGCAAACCUGCAACUCCUGCGGAGUUGGCGGAACAGUCUCAGAAGUUUUGGAUUCAAAGGGCAAGAAAUUUCACUUUAAAAGUCAUUCACCCACUUCUAAACUGCCCUCUCACCCCAGUUAAUGCCGGACAAUUAAGAGGCAUGUUUAUAAAUUCCCUCUGCGGACACUGUCCAACAAUGAAGGCUUGUUACAGGCUUGCUAAAGAUGUUCAGAGAAACUUUUGCGAAAUAAUCAACAGCAUCUGAGAAAAAGCUAAAGGAAAAGAAGUUAAAGCCUGAUAAUCCGAUUGGGAAAAAGUUUUGUUAGACUAGAUAGAAGUAAAUUACUGCACGUUUCUUCAAAAGCAAACCCAUCAGCUGAUACGAGUUCCCCUAGAACAAGAACCUCUGGCGAACCCCUCCAAAUUUAGGGGACGUUUGCAUCUUGUAACACUCAAAGCUAAAGAUCUGCCUGAAAACAAAACAAAAACUCUAAAUUCCUUACAGCGUCAUCUGCCAACAAAAUGUAUUGUCUUGGCAGAAAAAGGAUCAAGGAGAUUUUAAUUUCAUUUUAAACUGUGCAUCAUCUUGAUAGCAAAGGAAAAAGCCGCAGCAACAAUCUCCCCGCUCCACGCCCCCGCCGUUCAAAAAAAAAAAAAAAAAAAA